AUGCUUUCAAAUUUUAGAAAGAUUACACCUUUACUAAACAGAGUCAUGAUUAAAAGAUUUGAAGUUCCAAAUAAAUCUGCUGGUGGUAUUCUGUUGCCAGAGACAAAAGAAAAAGACAUGCAAAUAGGAGAAGUCAUUGCUAUUGGCCCAGGAUCAUAUGAUGAGCAAGGAAAUUUCCAAGAAAUUGCUGUCAAAGUUGGUCAAAAAGUCUUACUGCCUCCUUAUGGUGGAACCUCAGUCGAUUUCAAGGAUGAAAAAUAUUCAAUCUAUAAGGAUUCAGAAAUACUUGCAGUUCUAGAAUAA